GACGGCUAUUGGUCGAACCGGAAUGUUUGGUCUGGUUUCCAAAACAUUGAUCAGGACUCGAAAAAUAAAAGAUCUUAUUAAAAUCAAGGAAGCAAUCGUAGUCUUCUGUUUAUUGCUUCUCCCUCAAAUAUUUUCUUAUUCGUUAAGGUUACAAAAAUCAAAAAGACUCGAAGAAACCUGAGAUCGAAACCCCAGCCAUGGCGGGUCGUUACGGAUCGCAAGUCAUGACGAUGACUGUGACCAAUACUCCGUCCGCAGAUCUAGCUUUUACUAACCUCGCUUACUGCUCUUCUUCCGAUCUCCGUCAAUUCUCCGUUCCCGGUUCCGAUCUCUUCCUCGCCAACGUUGCCGAUAGCUUCAUUCUUUCUCUCUGUGGACAUGGAAGCAUCCGUGAUGGAAAUAUUGCUCUCAAUGCUAUUCAAAGGCGACACGCUAGAGUUUCGACUGGUGAUAUGGUAUCUGUUAGCAGAUUUGUUCCUCCUGAAAAUUUUGAUCUGGCUAUGCUGACGCUGGAGUUGGAAUUUGUGAAGAAAGGAACUAAAAGCGAGCAGGUUGAUGCUGCUCUCCUUUCGACCCAGCUUAAGAGGAAAUACACCAACCAGGUCUUGACUGUAGGCCAGAAAGCGACAUUUGAGUAUCAUGGAACUAAUUACAUUCUUACGGUCAAUCGAGCGGAUGUUGAGGGUCAGGAUCACACGAACGGCAUUGAAAGAGGGUUGCUCUCUAAAGACACGUAUAUUGUGUUUGAAGCAUCAAAUGCAAGUGGCAUAAAGAUUGUCAACCAACGGGAAGCUGCUAGCAGCAAUAUAUUCAAACAUAAGGAAUUUAACCUUGAGUCGCUGGGAAUAGGUGGUCUUGGUGCAGAGUUUGCUGAUAUAUUUAGAAGAGCUUUUGCUUCUCGUGUAUUUCCUCCUCAUGUCACCAGCAGACUGGGAAUAAAGCAUGUUAAAGGGAUGCUUCUUUUUGGACCUCCUGGUACUGGCAAAACCCUUAUGGCACGGCAAAUUGGAAAGAUGCUUAAUGGAAAGGAUCCAAAGAUCGUUAAUGGGCCUGAGGUGCUGAGCAAGUUUGUUGGUGAGACAGAAAAGAAUGUAAGAGACUUAUUUGCUGAUGCUGAGCAAGACCAGAGGACCCUUGGUGAUGCUAGUGAGUUGCAUGUCAUUAUUUUUGAUGAGAUUGAUGCUAUUUGCAAGUCAAGAGGUUCAACCAGAGAUGGCACAGGUGUCCAUGAUAGUAUUGUAAACCAGCUUUUGACAAAGAUAGAUGGUGUGGAGGCCUUAAACAAUGUUUUGCUGAUUGGAAUGACAAACAGAAAGGAUUUGCUUGAUGAAGCUCUUUUAAGGCCUGGAAGAUUGGAGGUUCAGGUUGAGAUAAGCCUUCCUGAUGAAGCUGGGCGUCUACAAAUUCUUCAGAUUCAUACAAAUAAGAUGAAGGAAAAUUCUUUCCUUGGGACUGAUAUCAAUCUCCAAGAGCUUGCUGCUCGAACAAAAAAUUACAGUGGUGCAGAGCUUGAAGGUGUUGUUAAAAGUGCUACAUCAUAUGCAUUAAACAGACAACUAAGCAUGGAUGAUCUUACAAAGCCUGUGGAAGAAGAGAAUAUCAAGAUCACUAUGGAGGAUUUUCUCCACGCUAUCUAUGAAGUUCAACCUGCAUUUGGAGCCUCCACAGAUGACCUAGAGCGCUGCAGACUCAAUGGGAUGGUAGAUUGUGGUCAUCGGCAUAAUCACAUUUACAAAAGAGCUAUGCUUCUAGUCGAGCAAGUUAAAGUUAGUACUAGAAGUCCUCUAGUCACUUGCCUUCUGGAGGGGCCCAGUGGAAGUGGGAAAACUGCUUUAGCAGCAACAAUUGGUAUCGAUAGUGACUUCCCAUAUGUUAAGAUAGUUUCUGCGGAAACUAUGAUUGGUCUUUCUGAGAGCACAAAAUGUGCUCACAUUGUCAAGGUCUUUGAGGAUGCAUAUAAAUCUCCAAUGAGCAUCAUUAUCCUUGACGAUAUUGAAAGAUUGUUGGAAUUCAUAGCAAUCGGUCCUCGCUUUUCAAACAUAAUUUCACAGACGCUGAUGGUCCUUCUCAAACGACUUCCUCCUAAGGGGAAGAAACUUCUCGUCUUUGGGACAACAAGUGAAGUAACCUUCUUAGAGUCUGUUGGUAUCUCUGAUUGCUUCUCUGUCACUCACUCUGUUCCGACACUGCAAAAAGAGGACGCAAAGAAGGUGCUAAAUCAGCUUAACCUCUUCUCAGAGGAUGAUGUUGAUUCAGCUGCAGAGGCUCUCAAUGACAUGCCAAUCAAGAAGAUUUACAUGCUAAUAGAAAUGGCUGCGCAAGGAGAAAACGGUGGAUCUGCAGAAGCUAUCUAUGCUGGGAGAGAGAAAAUCAAUAUCAAUCAUUUCUAUGAUUGCUUAGGAGACUUCAUUCGCUUCACUGGCUAGUCCUUUUAAAGAUAUUCUCAUGGUGAUCUUGUUUUUUUGGAUACAAAUUUUACUCGGGUUAUGUUAUUUGGUGGUGGAGUGGAACUGAGAAGGGCAAUUAUGUUACUCGGAUCAUGUUAUUUUGCUUUUUUUUUUGCUUGUUUUUGUGUGGCUAAAACACUAUUUCUUUUGAUUGUAGUUAUUAAUUUGUGGUUUGGUUUGACUCCUGAUUUCAACUCAUAUGAUGGUCCAUGUCCUUGUGUUUCUUAAGGACCACCUCGACCACUAGUGGUAUAUUCAGUCCCCCUUCGGACUAGUCGGUACAUGGCUAGAAACAUCGAUAUCAAAUUGCA